GGGGAAUGAAGAAAGAAACGGAGGAGGGAAAGGGGAGUAAGAAAAGACAGCAGACAGAGACAGAGAAUGAGAGAAAUCGUGGGAGACGUGAGAGUGAAGGAUAAGAAGGGAGGGGGGAUGCAAAGGCAGAUUUUUAUUGGAAGCAAUUGAAGUGGUUGCUAUGAGACCCGCUCCAGCAGAGGACCAGCAGCCAGCCCGACGCUGAUGGUUCUUACCUCGUACUAAACCUUUCUUUUGACACAGUUUUAGAGUUGCUUAAUAUCUGAGCAAGCACCUGACACGGGCGACUUUUUCUUUCUUUUUUCUCCUCCCGUCUCUCGGGUAAGAUGGAGGUAGAAAACGAAGCCAGCUGCUCCCCCAGCGGCGCAUCAGGCGGGUCCAGAGAGUACAAGGUGGUAAUGCUGGGAGCUGGGGGAGUUGGGAAAAGCGCAAUGACAAUGCAGUUUAUUAGUCACCAGUUUCCUGAUUAUCAUGACCCCACUAUUGAAGAUGCUUAUAAGACCCAGGUUAGGAUUGAUGAUGAGCCAGCUUAUUUGGACAUUUUGGACACUGCUGGUCAGGCAGAGUUCACAGCCAUGCGGGAGCAGUACAUGCGAGGUGGGGAGGGAUUCAUCAUCUGCUACUCUGUCACUGACCGCCAAUCAUUCCAGGAAGCUGCCAAGUUUAAAGAGCUCAUUUUUCAAGUCCGCCACACCUAUGAAAUUCCCCUGGUGCUGGUGGGUAACAAAAUUGACCUAGAACAGUUCCGCCAGGUCUCUACAGAAGAGGGCUGGAGUCUGGCCAGGGAAUAUAACUGUGCUUUUUUUGAGACCUCUGCGGCCCUCAGAUUCUGCAUUGAUGAUGCCUUUCACGGUCUAGUGAGGGAAAUCCGCAAGAAGGAGUCCAUGCCAUCCUUGAUGGAAAAGAAACUGAAGAGAAAAGACAGCCUGUGGAAGAAGUUAAAAAGCUCACUGAAGAAGAAGAAAGAAAACAUGACAUGAUAUCCUUACUUCUAACUCCCUUAUUCUCUCUCUGAAUUUUAUCAGUCGGACAAUUCCAGAUGUUGCAUUCUGCUUCAGUAUUUUCUGUCUCUCUCUCCCUUUCUCUUUAAAUAUCUGCCUAUAGGUAAACGCAAGAUCUGCAUAACUGUACCUCUUGAGAUAGUCUUGUUUUGCCCUUAACAGUUGGAUGGAUUUUGUCAAUCAGCUGGAUAUGCUGUUUAAGUUUUUACAAUAUAUUACUAAAUAAAAUUGACAUUCCAAUUGCCUCA